AUGGUCAAGUCUCUAGCUCUCGCGGCGGCCAUCGUGCCUAGCGCAAUGGCCAUCAAUACCGAUGGUGGCUUGUACUCGUCAUUUGUCUCGCUCUCAAUUGAGCUGAUUGGAUUUCCAGACUGGGCAGGGUCGAGAUCAAAUGCAAAUGAAUACUCUAAUAACCUCAUCAAUGGCCUUGUCAGUGUCCAGGGGAGUCCCAUGGUUGUCCGCGUAGGCGGAAAUUCGGCGGACCGUGCCAUUUAUGACGAGACUCUCACGGCACCAACCGCCGCCAGCUGUCCCAACGCCGACCCUGGUGCCUAUCAGUGCAUCGGUCCCAAGUUCUUUGACUCGUACGGCGCGUUCCCCCAGGGCACACUGUACUCGCACAACUUCAACGUCGCGACAUGGAACUCGUCCGGCUUCCGCACGCUCGAGGCCACCGUACCUCUAGCGUGCAACGCGUUGCGCGGCCACCUGGCGCUCUUUGAGAUCGGCAACGAACCCGACCUCUACAAUGGCAAGCGCCGCGACAGCGACUACAACGUCCACGACUACCUCGCCGACUGGGCCAACACCACGGGCCGCUUCGAGAGCUACCUGCAAGCGGCGUGUCCCGACAUGGUCAAGACCCUCCAGUACAUGUUUCCCUCGGUCAGCUCCCCGGGCUCCCGGCUCCGGGUCCCUGACAUGUACAAGGCGGCUGCUGCCGGCGACAGCCUGAAGCACGUCACGCAGGUCUCCGUCCACAACUACAUGGCUGGCGCAACGCAGCCCGGCGUCACGCUGCAGGCGACUCUCAUGAACCACACGGCCGUCGCGCGCUCCAUCGCCGGCCACGUUGCCUACGCCAGGUCCAUUAGCGCCACGGACGCCGACUACGUGAUUGGCGAGCACAACAGCCUGUACGGCGGCGGCGCCGUCGGCCUCUCAGACGUCUUUGGCGCCGCGCUCUGGGGCAUGGACUUUUCCCUGCAAGCCGCUUCGACAGGCAUCAUCAAGCGCGUGCACUUUCACCAGUCCAUCGGCUCGCCCUACGCCGCCUGGGCCCCAAUUGCCCCGCAGCAGCAGACGAAGCCGCCCUACUACGGCAAGCUCGCGGCCGGCACGUUCCUGGCCAACUCGUCGUCCGCACUCCAGGUCAAGACGCUGGAUCUGGGCGGUCGUGCCGACCUGGACUCGGGCUACGCCGCGUACGUCGAGGGCAGGCUGGAGCGCAUCGCCAUCCUGAACCUGCGCGAGUACGACUCGGGCUCCGGCAAGAGCCGCGGCAAGAAGGAGUAUGUGAUCAAGGUUGAGCCGUCAUCCCGCUGGACCGUAAAGCGUCUUUCGGCGCCGGGUGCGCGCGACAAGACGGGCGUCACAUUCAAUGGAUUCGCGUACGAGGCCGAGACGAUGGGCAAGCCUGAGCGUGUCGGCUCUCGGCCCAGCGAUGAGCAGCUGAAAGCAAGCAAGUGCGGCAAGUUGGUCGUCAAGGUCGCAGACUCGGAAGCAGUGGUGAUUGUUCAGGACUAG